AUGAAAUUCAAGCAACAUGGUGCUCGUAAAAGUGAUAAAGAUUUGUCUCCAAUAUCCACGGACUACAUAAGCGCAACACAUCCCUAUAAAAGCAGCACACCUCUCUCACAGCAAAACACUCCCACAGCUUCCUACAUUAAGUCAAUAGAGCUACCUUCAGCUUCUCCCAUUAACAGAUCAACUGCCAAAACCUCGUAUCUACCACCAUUAUUUCUUCCCAUCGAAGCCGAGCCACCACCAUCAUCCCUCUAUUUCUUCCCGCCGAAGCCGAACCAUCACCAUUAUCUUUUCCCUUUUGUCCUCUAA